AUGCGCCUUCGAAAGAAACAGCACAUCGUCAAAAUCCUCCGCUUCGUGGAAGACCGAAUCUCCGACAAAACCAAAGCGCAGAGAUUCCGCCGCUGGCAACACGAGCUCUUCGGCCUGACACCCGACGAAUGGGCAAGUCUCGCCCUAUCCAUCUCCUGCCACGAGUCACUGGACAUCGCAGUCCAGCGACAGGGGUGGCUGGAGAAAGAAUGCGCGCGGUUGAAAGGCCUCCAAGAACCCUACGAUCCAGAAAUAGCCUCAGCAUACCACAUGACCCGAUACGAAAAGACAAACAACGAGACGAUCUGCGAACAGCUACUUUCCUUGAAAUCUCACGCAGAGAAACCGAUCGCAUCCAAAGCCAUCUUCCGCGCAUUAUGGCACACCCAGUGCGCGGAUGCUCAGACGUUUACAUGGCAUCUGACUCCCUGGCUCGUGGAGAGGUGUGUCCUGUCUGGUGGAUGCUGCGGGCGAUCCUGCGAGUGCUGCACGCGGGCUCGGUGUGAUUUGCCAGCAUGGGCAAAUGCCAGGGGGCAUUGCACGCCGGCAUGUCCCUGCUGCGGGGAGCGCAAUGGGCUUCAGGGCCCGAUUAGUGUCAUAGCGCCUGAUCCCAAUCAGCUGCCGUUUAGUUUGAGGCCGGAUAGGAGUGAUCGGUUUAGUUGGAACAUGAUGGAUGCGUUGGUCUGGGGUAUUGGGGAUUGCUAG